GCGCAACAAAGAAAAUGAGCUAUCAGUGGGUUAUCACUUUAACUGUAGGCUUCUUGGCUUUAUCUAAAGCUACCUUUAUUUCUAAGAAAUAUACAGCGAAACCCGAAUUUAAUGAUAAGAAGUCAAACAGUGAACUUUUAGGUGAACAUAAUACUCAUUCAUUGAUCGACUGCGCCACAAUCUGUCAAAGGGAAUGCGUCUUUUUUGGCUUUAAUCCUAAAACGAAGAAAUGCCGUACCCACAAGAAACCAUUCACGUCGGGUACCUCUGAGGAGGCAGGGUGGAGAUACUACUCAGAUAACGAUUUUUCUAGCAUACCCAAAGAUUGUAAGGAUCUUCAGGAAAAUGGACAAACCAUCACAGGGGUGUAUGAUAUAUACCCCUACAGUACAUUAACCAUUCCAAUAAGUGUCUACUGCGACAUGACCACAAUGGGCGGUGGAUGGACAGCAAUUCAGAAACGCGUAGACGGAUCCGUUACCUUUGACAGGAACUGGAUGGAUUAUAAGAAUGGCUUUGGUUCUCCAGAAAAGGAUGUCUGGAUUGGAAAUGACGUAAUCCAUAAAUUAACAAAAGACAACUCCUCCUCUCUGUAUGUAUCCAUCACUCUCCAGAAUGGUACAACGCUGUAUGAAAUGUACAACCAAUUCUCUGUCUCCGACGCAGCAGGAAAAUAUCAACUCUUUCUUGCAGGACCUGCAACGGGAACUUUAGGUCAGUGUAUGCAGGUGACUCUAUGUUACACAUGA